CAUGGUGUGUCACCUCACCAAUCAGGAGAGUGGAGAGCGACGCGAAGACUAUACAAAGAAGGAUGGAUAGAUGCUGGUCUGGGGAGAAGCGACUCCACACCAGCCCCCGUUGAGAGUCGAGAGAGUUCCACCGCUCCCGGCCCGAUCCCUUAUCUUCUCCGACGGCCUCGCCGGCCGGAGCGGAGACGGGAGAGGUGCAUGGCGUUGUCCUAUGUAUAUAGAAUCUAGGUAUAGGUUGAGGUCGAGUAGUGCCCAUGUGGCGUAUGGCUGUAUGCCGAUGUGGAGAGCGCCGCCGCCGCGUACGAGCAGCGGCUGGUGGCUCACGGUGGCUGCGUCUCAGGCAAGGCUGGCUGGCGGCCAGUCGCUGCCGAGGGGCGUGCUGCUGGCUCAUCCACCAAUAAGCUCGUCUGGUCCCCUGUUCUGGAGGCUCUCCGCUACUUCUCUAGCUCGUGGCGUCGCCGUGGUGGUGAAGACGAAGAGUAGAAGAGAUGGAGAACCAGAUCGGGUCAGUGCUCUUAUCCGGUGGCUGUUUGGGAGUGGCCUUGGCGCCAGCUACGGCGUUCGGCGGCCGGCCGGCUCCAUCACGUCAUCGUACAUGCUGGCCGAAGGGCGGCCUUUCUACUUCUUCCUCCCGGCCAAGAUGCCUAAAGGGAGGCAGCUCAUCUUCUGCACGGAGUCUAUGGCGUGGUGCCAUGGAAGCUUAGUUGUCCCAAGUGGCAAUGUCCCCGGCGACGGCGAAGUUACGGCCGUGCAGAAGAUGUCAAGGACCCGAUUGCUUUUCUUAUCUGGUUGUUGGGGUCCUCUUUGUAAAAGACAGGGACCAGUGUGUUAUUUGCAGUUAGUUCUGGGUCCGUCUGUAAAAUGCUGUGUACUUCAUGUUCAGUGUUAAUGCAGCAUCAGGGUCCUUCUGGACCCGUCUUUUGUUCAAAAAAAAAAAGAAGGAU